AUGGGCGGUGGUGAAGUAGCUUCUUCAAGUUCUAGUCUAUGGUUAGCUGAAAAUCCAAGCAAGAGAUGGGGCGAAUUGUUCUUCCUUCUCUACACACCCUUUUGGCUCACACUCUGCCUCGGCAUUGUCGUUCCGUACAAGCUGUACGAGAGCUUUACUGAAUUGGAGUACUUGCUUUUGGGGCUUAUUUCAGCGCUUCCUGCUUUCUUGAUCCCAAUGUUAGCCAUUGCAAAGGCUGAUAGCAGCAUUCAUUGGAAGGAUCGUUACUGGCCUUCUCUUGUGCCAAAGAAACCUCCUCAUGCAGGAUCUCUGGCCUCAGUUUUUUACCUUGAUGUUUUGUCAGUUAAGGCCAGUCUGUGGAUAAUAAUUUUCAGCUAUGUUGGAAAUUACUUUUGGACCCAUUAUUUCUUCACAGUUUUGGGAGCUUCAUAUACCUUUCCAUCAUGGAAGAUGAAUAACGUGCCACACACAACAUUCCUUCUUACACACGUGUGCUUCUUGUUUUACCAUGUGACAUCAAACAUGACACUUCGUAGACUACAACAUUCUGUUGCUGACUUGCCAGACACAUUGCAGUGGGCUUUUAAGGCUGCAUGGAUUUUAGCUCUUUCUUAUUUCAUAGCAUACUUGGAGACCUUGGCUAUCGCCAAUCGAGACGAGAUGGUGAGUGAAAGUGAAUUGGUUAAUGAGGAAGAUACCUCGCUAGUUUUGAACCAGAUGAGGAUUGAUGAGACACCUGGUGAUCCGUGGGAUUUGCCAAGAGUGGCCAUUGAUGCUUUGGGGGCUGCAAUGCUUGUCACAAUCAUACUCGACUUGUGGCGCAUUUUUCUGGGUCCCAUUGUUCCUAUUCCAGAUGAAAAACAAUGCUUUCAACCUGGACUGCCAUGGUUUCCAGGUCAUGCCAAAGGAAUCUGA